CCUGGCCGCCCUUUCACUUUCUCAGCCGCCCGACUACCUCCGAACACGGGUGGGACUAGAGCUCCCACCGCGCAGCGGGCAGGAGGAAGAGGGAGCCGAGGCUGCACGGGAAACCUGGAGCCCCAGCAAACAGCACCUGCUUGUGAGGGGGAGCCAGGCAGAGUCUUGCUAGGUAGUUCAGGCUGGUCUUGAACUCACUCUGCAUCCCCAGGCCUGCCUCAAACUCGUAGCAGUCCUUCUGCCUCAGCCUCCCCCGUGCUGGACCAUCAGGCAUGCAUCGCCACACUCCGCCACAGGAUGAUGACACUGUGAAAGCCAUGAUCGCCCUUUCUGUUCUUCUCCUGGUACUCGGCAGGUGCGUGCAGAGGUCUGUCCUAGGUGACUCGGCCAUGCAGUUCCCCAGUGCUGCCAGAGCUGCUGACGAGGAUGUGGAUUACCUGUUCAAAGUCAUCCUCAUCGGGGACUCCAAUGUGGGGAAGACCUGCGUGGUGCAGCACUUCCGCUCUGGGGUCUACACCGAGACACAGCAGAACACUAUCGGUGUGGACUUCACUGUGCGCUCCCUGGACAUCGAUGGCAAGAAAGUGAAGAUGCAGGUGUGGGACACAGCGGGCCAGGAGCGAUUCCGCACCAUCACCCAGAGCUACUACCGCAGCGCGCACGCGGCCAUCAUUGCCUAUGACCUCACCCGGCGGUCCACCUUCGAGUCUGUCCCACACUGGAUUCACGAGGUAGAGAAAUAUGGAGCGGCAAACCUGGUCAUCAUGCUGAUCGGAAACAAGUCGGACCUGUGGCAGCAGCGGCAUGUGCUGUUUGAGGACGCCUGCACACUGGCUGAGAAGCACGGGCUCCUCGCUGUCCUGGAGACGUCAGCCAAGGAGUCCAGGAACAUCGACGAGGUCUUUGUGCUGAUGGCCAAGGAGCUGAUGGCUCGCAACAGGCUGCAGCUGGACAGUGAGAGUACCAUGCACAGCCUUGCCCCUGAGUCCAGCCCAGUGCUUCUGGCCCAGGUUCCCUGCGAGAAGCCCUGCUGUUCCUGCUAAACAGGCAGCCAUGCCAGCAAGGAAUCUGUGGCCCAGCCUCCAUGGAGUGGCACUGCCAGCUGGGCACAGCCUCACCUCUCCUCCCUGAGGCUCCAGCCUGGGAGGCAGCCCAGGGGCGUGGAUUCCCAUCAGAUGCCAAGGAAAAGGGACAUCCCUGGCCUCGGGGCUGCAGGCACAGGGGCAGAGAGCGUGGUUUUCCCUACCUCUUUCCCUUCUCUGUCUCCCUCACACUCCAACUACUGUUUUAUUUUAUUUUUUUGAGACAGGGCCUCACUAUGCAGUUCAGGCUGGCCUUGAACUUACUAUAUAGCCCAGGCUGGCCUCCAACUCAGUGAUCCUUCCACCUCAGCGCCCCCAGUACUGAGGUUACAGGUGUGUGCCAGCACUUGCUGGCUACUCCAGUUGCUUUUUGUUUUGUUCUCUGUGUGGUUCAGGUUGGCCCUUGAACUGAUAGCAAUUCUCCCAAGUGCAGGGAUUACGGGUGGAUACUGGGAUUAUGGGCGGGUGCCACAAGCCAGCUCCAGCUGCUUUUCAUUGGGUUUUGCUUCUCCACUUGAGGAAGAGGAUAGUGAAGGGAAGAAGGGAAGAGGACUAUGGAGAGAGGGAGAGGAUGUCCAGAAGAUUCUGAGACAGUUUGAAACUCAGGCAGGCGGUGGGGAAAAGCCUUCCAGGAAACCUCUAAUGCUGCCAGCAUUGUGGUACAACCAUUCACAGGCAGGACUCCUCUUUGAGGAGCACGACUCGAUCCCAGUGGUACCCUCGUCACAGGAACCAUCUGAGGUAGAUGGAUUCUCUGCAUCCUCAGUGGGGUGAUUUAAUUACCUUGUUUUUUUUUUUUUUUUUUACUGGUACCUGGGACCGAACUCACGACCACGUGCUUGCAAGGCAGGCACUUAUGCCGCCGAGCUAAAUCCCCAGCCCAUAAUUACCUUGAUAGGAGAAAUGCUCACAAUUUUUUUCUAUAAUGUGGCAUUAUCUUAGAUCAAAAGUGAAUUUUUACUGAAAUUACACUGGCUCAGACAUACCGAUUAUCCAACCAGGAUUAUGUUGUCUCCUGGAAGCUCCAGGAGGCCGCGGCCAGUAGGGGUGGGGCAAGUGAGCCAGUGUGGGAUGCAGGCAUCCAAGGGUUUCCAAACCCUGUGACUGGGACCAAUCAGAAGGCACUGUCUUCAAUUCUUCUGGUGUCAGAUCAACCAGGCUUUUGAUAGGCAGGCUAGAUCUGAGGUCACCUGGAGGAACGGGAGCUACAAGACUGCAGCCACUAACCCGACAGCCACUGUGCUGUCUUUCAGCACCCGCUCUCACCCUGCAGAGGGGACUUCUUUUCCUACCUUUAAUAAAUGUAAAACUUUACUAAA